CGCCGCUCGCGCCGCCUCGCCUCCGCCGCCACCGCCGCGCCCUCGCCAAGCACGCCGCCGCCCGCCCGCCUGCUCGACCUUCCCAGGGAGCUCCUCGAGCGCGUCCUCUCCCGCUUCGACAGCCCCAUCGACAUUGCUCGCGUCGCGGCCGUCUCGCUCCUCUUUCACGCCUCGCUCGCGAAGGAGGCCAUCCGCUUGUGGGCGCAAGAGCGCGGCUUCGAGCUGCCGGCGCAGCCAGAGGGCGAGAGCUGCGUCGUGCGGUGGCUGUGCUAUUCUGCGUUGCUGCACGAGUCCAACCGGCCGGCGAGGGCGGCGGGAAGCGAACGGCACAGCCUCUUCAUUGACGGCGAGGGGCGGCUCUCGUCGUGCGGUAAUGAGGCAGCGGAGGAAGACGACGAGGAGGAGGAAUCUCCAGGCCUUCUCGGCCACGGCGAGGGCGUGACGCAGCUCAACACGCCGACGCGCCUUCCGUCAACGCUGGGCGAAGUGCGCGCCGUGAGCGUGGCAGCUGGAGGCGUGCACAGUCUCGCCAUCACCGCCGACGGCGCUGUCUGGAGCUGGGGCUUUGGAGGCCAAGGCCGGCUGGGCCAAGGCGACGAGCAGAACCAGUGGCAGCCGAAGAAGAUCGAGGCUUUUGCUGACGAGCGCGUCGUCGCUGUGUCGGCUGGAUGGGCUCACAGCCUCGCCGUCACCGCCGACGGCAGCGUCUGGAGCUGGGGCCAUGGAGCCUUUGGCCAGCUGGGCCACGGCGACGAUCAGAACCAGCUGCUGCCCAAGAAGGUCGAGGCCUUUGCUGGCCAGCGCGUCAGCGCUGUGUCGGCUGGAGUUGCCCACAGCCUCGCCCUCACCGCCGAUGGCUCCGUCUGGAGCUGGGGCGAUGGAGGCUUGGGCAAGCUGGGCCACGGCGACCAGCAGCACCAGAUGCUGCCCAAGAAGAUCGAGGCCUUUGCAGGGCGGCGCGUCGUCGCCGUGUCGGCUGGAGGGGCUUACAGCCUCGCCGUCACUGCCGAUGGCUCCGUCUGGAGCUGGGGCGCUGGAGGCUUGGGCAUGCUGGGCCACGGCGACUCGCAGCACCAGCUGCUGCCCAAGAAGAUCGAGGCCUUCGCUGGGCGGCGCACAGUCGCUGUCUCGGCUGGAUCGCACCACAGCCUCGCCCUCACCGCCGACGGCUCCGUCUGGAGCUGGGGCAGUGGACUCUUUGGCCUGCUGGGCCACGGCGACCAGCAGGAGCAACUGCUGCCCAAGAAGAUCGAGGCCUUGGCUGGCCAGCGCGUCGUCGCUGUGUCGGCUGGAGAGUACCACAGCAUCACCAUCACCGCCGGCGGCGCCUUCCUUACCUGGGGCGAGGGCGAUGCCGGCUGCCUUGGCCACGGAGAGGACCUGUCGAACCAGCUGCUGCCCAAGAAGAUCGAGUCGUGGGGGUGGGCGCCGGGGCAGUGAGAGGGUUUGCCCGCGUGUGAGCUCAGUCGAUCUUCUAUAGUGUGUUGAGCAGCG